GUCUACCAUAACUAUUUCUUGUGGACCAAAAUAGUUCUUCAAUCAGUCAGUGUAUUACGAUGGAACAAACAACAGUUGGAGGAUUGUCAGAAGAGCAUGUUGCAGAUGAAGAAGUAAAAAAAUUAUGCGAAUCGGUGAAAGAUGCAGCUAUUGAAGAAGCUGGAAUUAAAUAUGAAACAUUCACACCAAUUGCAUAUAAAACUCAAGUAGUGGCUGGGAUGAACUAUUUUGUCAAGGUUCAAGUUGGAAGUGGAGAAAAAGACUACAUUGUGUUGAGGAUUUUUAAAUCACUCGAAGGGGAAGCCACCCUUUCAAAUCUGCAAAAAGAUCAGACUAAAGAUUCUCCAAUAGAAUAUUUUUAGAGCAUGUUGUUAUUUCUAUAAUUCACAAGCAUAGUCUCAAUCACUAACUACACUUCCUAAACAUUAUAAUAAACAAUAUCCAUCAUGUGA